UCGUGAAGUGACCUAGUACGCCACACGCCCAGCGCAGUCAGUCCGCGGUGAGCGAGCGAGUGAAGCAGGAGCCGUCACACAGUGUUGUCUGAGCGGUAGGGGAGAGAGGGCGCAGUGCCAGGAUCGACCGUAGGCUACUGUCUCGCCACCACUGGGAUAUCGACGGUCAGCGUGUCGCCAGAAGAGCGUGAUCUGCCAUCCCCAAGCAGCAGCAGGGCGAUAAGAGAACGAAAGAAUUCGAGAGUUGGUGAUCGUCGCUUGCCGGAGAAGGAUGAGCGUCUUUGGAUCGGCCGUGCUCGCCUCACACGCCACCUGCACCCCGCUGCCGCUCUUCCGCACCGCCCGCACCAUGGGAGACGUCAAGCUGGUCACCCUCCUCGACGUGGCCAAGCAUCCGGAAUACUCGGAGAAUGAACUCACCAAUCUCUUCCAACUGUUCUGCAAAUACGCGGAACCGAACACGAAGAAGGGCACCAUCUCCCUGGAGAGCUUCAAGAAGUUGCUGGAGGCGCUGGAGCUGACGCAGACCCACCUGGAGGCCAAGGAGACCUACGACAAAGUGGCGAAAGACGGCAAAGUCACGCUGGACGAGUUCAUGAAGCUGGUGAAAGAUCUUACUGCCAAGACUGGCAAGAUCAACCUGGACCUGGUGGUGAAGUUGGCUGCUCAGGAGGAGGUGGAUGUGGACAAUGUGGGAGUUGGCGGCGCCAAGAGAUUCUUCGAGGCCAAGGCGCGUAUCUUGGAGGUCGGGGAUGCUGCCUACCGCGCCUUCGAAGACAAGAAGAAAGAGGAAGAGGAAAGGAAGAAAAGACAAGAGGAAUUUCAAAAGAAGAAGCAACAGUUUCAACCAGCGGCCUAGAGCUCUACACAGACGUGCCAGCUUGGCUAUCCUAAUAGGAAAGGGAAAGCUCAGUUAUAGUAGACUUUUAAUGUUUUAUAUAACAUGAUAUUUUUCUUGAGUUAGAGAGAUGAGCAGUAUUAUACAGAAAAAAAAUGAAGAAUAGAUCUACAGCAUGAUGACAUGAUGAGAUAAACAGUCAAGACUCAAUUACCCGUUCAUCUUUCUAAGAGCAAUACCGUAACUUUAAGCGAACGGGACACACACACACACACACACACACACACACACACACACUGUGCUUGAUCUUCCGAUGAUAUAGAGCAACCAUGCCUUACUAAAAUUAGAAGUAUUGUUGAGUCAUCACAGUUUUAGAGCGUAAGUCCUAACACACGAGGAACAUUUAUUAGCUCAAUAGGAAAGCUCGUCUCUUUAGUUGUGUCUCCACUGUACGUAUGAAAGUCGGUGGAUGUGGAUGGGUACUGGAGCGCCAUGAGGCAGUGACACCAGUAAGAGCUCACCAAGGAAAGCGCAGUCUUUCCCUCCCUCUCCCCUUUGCUGGCCGCCUCUUUCUGCGCGUCAGUAUUGAAAGCGUUCUUCUGUAUUGUGGUGUUCGUCGUGUUGAAUGUUUGGCAGGAAUUCUCAUUGAUAUCUUUAAUGUUAUUUUUAAUAUAUUUUUUAAUCCUUAGGAAUGUAGUUUUUAAUCAUUCCACUUAGAUUCAUCUGCAUAUACGUACAUACAUUAUACACACUUGCAUCAACUUUUCACAGUAUUCGUAUCAGCAAAGUUUGUACUGUUUUAGCUGGUUGUAUUUGUGUUCUUACUUGCACCGAACUUUACCAGUGGUCAGCCAUCAUCACUUUGCUUAUGUUCGCCGCUAUGAGUUUUUUUUUUUUUUUCUCAUUUUUAAAGUUGUGUUUUAGCAUUGAAGAGAAUGUUCUUAGUACAAUAAAUGAAAGGAAAUUGUGUGUUUUUUGAAAAUAUUUAGAUUUAUAAAAAGAACAAAAAGAUGUAUCAUCAGUUGUCUUGAGAGGAAUCAUGGUUUGGCGGAUCGUGAAGUGUUGUCAUUCAUGUAUUUUAGGAGUUUGUCAUAAAUGAUUCCAUCUCGGAAGUGUUUUAUUCAACUGUUGUAGAGAACGAUGAUGGGCUGCCCGCUGGGUGAGAUAGUGGUGAGGAAAAGCAGAGGGUGAGUGGGCAGUGCUCUGUACGAAAGUGAUUGUGGAGUGAAGGCGGAAUCGGGUAAAGGAAGCAGACGGUUAACCCCAGAAAGAGCUUUAGAAGUAUACCAGAGGAGUAGGAAGUAAAAAAAGAAAAAAGUGCCACUCCAAACGCUGUGAAUGAAAAGGUGUAUCGAAAAAAUCUUUAAAAAGAAAUAAGGCAGGUGAUCAGCCGGCCACCGUAGAUGAGUGAACGUAUUAAGUAAAGCUUAUGGUGCACAUUUUUUGCAACGAUUUGAAAUGUUGAGACGGCUUGAUGUGGUUCGGUGGCAACUCCUUGUUUACAGUUGUUUGACAUGCACGCAUUUUGCACAGGUUUAUGAUAUAUUUGCUCCUUGGAACUUUACAUGUAUUUGAAAGACGCCGGAGUAUUAGAACACUUUGUCUCAUCGGAAUCACAUUAGAGCAGUGGUUCCCAAACCAUCUUACAUGACGCCCGCUUCUUGCUUUCCUCCUUGCACUCCCUACUGUUGUGUGAGCGGGGCGGAGUGUUCUUACAAGGCAGUCAGCAGCGUCAGUGUGCUUGGUGUCGGUGACUUGUACUAAACAAGUAAAGAGAAAUAAAUAAAUAGAAAACGCACUGGGUGACAUAAUUAUACUUUGCACGGGUGUAAAUACAGAUACUUUGUACUUAAAAAGCAUUGAAAAAUAAGAGAAGCUGCAAGAAGCCAGCAGGCCUGUACGUGGUAGUGCCUGUAUAAAACACACUUCCACCAUCGUCUCCAUCUUGGAGUAAUUUCAUUGUAUACUUUUUUUGCAGCAAUGAUUUAUGGACAGACAACUUCACGCACCCCUCCCCUUUGUAUUCUCCACACGCCCCCGCAAGGUUUGGGAACCUCAGCACUAGAGGGUCUCGCUUUCCUGCGUCUGGUCAAGCUUGCUUAUUCGGAGAAUAUACUAAUAAUACGUUGUUCAUUUCUCUCCUGCCAGCAAGAACUGUUUUGAUUUUUUUUUUUUUUUCAUCAUAAACACCUUUUCACCAGUAUCUGCUGCACUGUAAUGCCAUAACGCACGCAUGUUUGUUAUUUUUUUUUACUCAUGGUUUCUUUUCAUUAGAUAUUUACAUUCAGAAUCUAUUAAUUUUAAAAACAUUUUACUCACGAUAAGUAUGUUGCAAUCAUUAAUCAUAAUGCAAUAAAUAUAGGAGACCA